AAAAAUGUUUGGAAAAUCUGUUGCAUUUAUCCCUCUAUUAUUUUUAAUAAUCUCCAUAAUUUCUGUCAACGCAUUUCGUCAACAAACUGUGGGUGUUAGGGGUCGUUUAAUGUGUGGUAAUCAACCGUUGAAGGACACACAAAUUAAGCUUUGGAAUAAAAAUAUUGGAAGUGACAACCAACUUGCUGCAGUCAAAACCGACAAAAACGGCAAUUUUGAAAUGCAGGGAGGGGUUGGGCAAAUUACUAAAAUGGAUGUUCAUUUUAAAAUAUAUCAUGAUUGUAAUGAUGGAAUUAAGCCAUGUCAACGAAAAAUCGACUUAGGAAUCCCCGAUGAAUAUAUUACACGUUCCGAUAGAGUUCAAAAAUGGUUUGAGGCGGGUACUAUGAAUAUGGAAUUUAAAUUCCCAGACGAGGAACGAAGUUGCGUUAAUUAA